AUGUGCAGUAAGUUCCGGGAACUGGCACCGGCAGCCCGGCACAAGGUGGCAAUUGACAAGCGCUUGUGCUUCAACUGCCUGGGGAGGCACAGUGUGCGUGCAUGCAAGUCGCAGCGAGGUUGCAAGACCUGCUCAGGGCGGCACCAUACAAUGCUGCACGGCACACACCCAAUAGCAGCGCCAGCCCAGAAGACCGCCUUGGCAUUGGUCAACUCCCCUACAACGCACCACUCAGCGCGUCUGCUCAUUGACACAGGAUCCGAGCUCACCUUCGUCUCGGAGAAUCUCAUUCGGCAGCUCAACAUCCCUCGUCAAUACUCAGGUAUUGUCAUCACUGGAAUUGCGGGCAAGGAGUGUACUCGGACACGAGGAGUCGUGUCACUCACGUUACGCUCGACACAUUCCAACGCAGCUGCCACAAUUCAAGCUCAUGUCCUCCGGACAGUUACAUCAAUCUUACCAUCGUUCGAGGCGGAACCGGAAGAAUGGCCGCAUCUCAGGAACUUGGCAUUAGCCGAUCCUGAUUUUCUCAUCCCACGGCCAGUUGACAUCCUCAUCGGCGCAGACGCUUACGGGCAAAUCAUCAAGCCCAAUAUCAUUCGGCAUUCUCCACUCAUGCCGAUAGCGCAGCUCUCCAUCUUCGGAUGGCUCGUUCUUGGACCAGUCAACAGAGAAGCAACACGCACAUCAACACACCAGGCUUCUACUCAAGUCAACGAGGAUGCCCUCAACGAAUUAUUGACGAAAUUUUGGGUUCAAGAGGAGGUGCCUACUCACGAUGUCAAUCGACUCACCCCUGACGAGCAGAGGUGCGAAGAGCACUUCAAGGCUACACACUCUCGUGACUCAUCAGGAAGGUACGUCGUCAGGAUUCCGCUCAAAUCACCAGUAUAUCUUCUGGGUGAUUCGUACCACGUCGCCCAUCAGUGCCUCAAGGGACUACGCAAACGAUUCUCAAGGGAUGUGAACUAUCAACGUCUCUAUCAACAAUUUAUGAUGGAUUACGAGACACUCAACCACAUGACGAAGGCAUCAUCCAUCUCCAGUCGUCGCUCACACUUCUACCUACCACAUCACGGUGUUCUCAAGCCUGACAGUACAACAACAAAACUGCGAGUCGUAUUUAAUGGCUCCAGCGCAUCAACAUCGGGCUACUCUGCUAACGACCUCAUGUAUACUGGAGCGAAAUUGCAUCUGAAUAUUUCAGAUGUUCUCCUCUGGAUACGAAGACAUCGACACAUUUUCGCUACGGACAUCACCAAGAUGUACAGGCAGAUCAAAAUUCACAAGGAUGACUGGGAGUUGCAACGGAUACUCUGGAUGGACGAUCAACUUAAUGAAGUGCCAUAUCAUCUGACAACCGUCACCUACGGGACAAAGGCCGCGCCAUUCUUGGCC